AUGGCAAAUUCUACAUUAAAGAAUCGUACAACUACUUCUUCUAAACCUACCGAGUCUUCACCCUUUACUCCAGAUAGUGACCAAAUUAGCCUGAUCUUUUCGAAGAAAUACACAUUCCCAGUUAAAAAAUCCAAUAUAAAUUACAAAACUUUACCAAAGUUCAUCGAUGAUACUUUGAGAUACUUGAAUACAUUUAAUUAUCCUUAUGAAAUGUUUUAUGUUGAAAACGGAAAGGAGAUUGCAAUUAAAUCGAAAGAUUCGGAUGCAAUGAAGAUUUUGAAAGGACUUUGUGAAAGUGACACGAAUAUUGAUAAAGUCUAUUUCAUUGCUGAUAAGGAGGGUGGAAUCACAACUUUUAUAUACUACAACGUUGACUUAUUAUUACUUAUUGUGCUAAUAUUAUGUCUCACUUGGUUGACUAUCAUUGGGUCUUACGAAUCUCAGAUGGCGUCAAGUUUUUUUGGGAUUGUUUUAGCUUUGAGAAUGUUUAAAUAUCUUCGAUAA